UGUGAGUUCCUGCAUGGCAGAAGGGGGUUGGGCUGGAUCAGGGCCCUUCUUGGGGUCUCCUCCAACUCUAGGAUUCUAUGAUUCUAAGUUCUUUCCGACCCAGAAGGGCCAUUUCAUUUCACACUUUUGUUCCAGGAUCUGCUCAACCUUCAAAAAAGAAAAACCUUGGCGGAGGAACCGUAUCCAGGUGCAACCGGGAGGAGCAGACCCUCCUUGCCCAGAUGUUCAGGAGACAUUCCUGCAUGAAUCCGAGUUGGAGAUGUGUCUCUCUGACCUGGAGAAGGAACAGAUGAAGGAGGCGGAAGCCAAAUUGUUGCAUUUGGCCACAACGGACGUCUCCAGGGUCCUCCUCUCCAUAUGGAGGUUUCGCCAGAGCAGGCACAAGAUCUCCCCACAGCAUCGCCUGAAGAUGAAUGAGGUGCUCCAGGCGGUCAUCGCAUCAGCCGGCAGCAUUAACAUCGAAGCGGCUGACCUCACGAUCAAAAUGGCCGCUGAAGACGCACUGAGCAUCACAGACCUUCGGGACGUCUACCAGGACGCCGCAGGCAACAUCCUUGUGGCCCUCUGGGAUCACUUUCCAGCAGAAGUGCUGACCAGACUCCUGGAGAGCUUCCAGAACCGCCUGCUCCCAUACCACAGCAUCCUCCACAUCCUGGGGAAACUGGCAAACAAAGCCUUUGCCGAGAGCAAUGUGGCAAAGAUUAAUAUCUGGGAGCAAAAGCUGGAGGAGUAUGUGUAUCGGCUACUAACAAAUGUGAGUGAGAAGAUCUACCUCGAAGAGGUUAGCCGAGAGAUAAUGAAAGAGGAGCCGGAGCGCAAAAGCUGGGACCUCGAGAAGCUCUUCCUCUACCAGUACUAUGGCUUCAUCCUCCGCGCCACGGAUGACUCUCACCUGGUCCAAGAGCAUCUCCGCAGCAUCCUGGCCUUGUCUCGCAGGGGGCCUUUGGAAGCCAAGGGGAUCGCCUCUGCUCUGGGCCUGGCUGCCUCUCGGCACCUGAAGGAGGUUCUGGACAGCUUGGAUCGCUUCCUUGCAAAUGCCUCCAUGCAAGAAAAAGGGUUGGCACACGGGAGCCAGGGUCCGCCGUGGGACACCCUCCUCCUGUGCUUUGGACGAGUGGCCCUGGAUAUCAAGGCAGAGGUGCUCCCCAGAGCAAACAUGAUUGCAUCCCAAAUGGCCAUGCUAUGCACAGCCAACCCACAGGACAUGGACCUGAAGAAGACCUUCCUGGUGGCAGUCCUGAUGCUCUUGGAGGCCAUUGAAGCCACAGGCAAAGCAAAACACCUUCGCCUGACCAUGAAGACGCAGCUGGUGGAGUGCCUGACUAUGGUGAUAGAGGGAGAGCCCACCCAGAAGCUGGCCAACACGGUGCGCCAGGACGCCAUGCACAUCGUGGCACAGCUCAGCAAGCUGAAGCCUCCUCUGGAGCAAAGCAGGAAGUCCCGCCUCCUCUGCGCUGCCUUCCAGAGUGUCUUUGCCCUGCCACCGCUGGACACCCUAGAAGACAUCAGCGCCAAAGCCCUGUUCUGCCAGACCAUGGGCACCCUUGAAGGGAUGCUCCAGGGGCUAAUCACGGAGGAUCCGUACAGCUGUGACCUGGCGCACAUGAUGGAGACGAUGGAGCCGUGGGUGACAUCUUCAUCCAUUCACAUCAGGGAGAGGGCAGUUGGGAUGGCCACAGCGCUGAUGAAGUAUGUGGCCAGUCACCUCAACCUGCAUCAUUUUGCCAUCUUCUCCAUGAAGUGA